AUGCAGAUGUCUUCGCUGCUGAUGCUCGUCGCCACCUUGGCGGCAGCACCCUUUGCACAGGGACGCGCCCUCCCGACUGCGCGGUCUUCUGCCCCGACGGUCGACCUGGGGUAUGCGGCUUACCAGGGAUACCACGACGAUACAUACGGACUGAACGUGUGGAAGAGCGUUCGCUAUGCGGCCCCUCCAGUCGGCAGCCUGCGGUGGCAAGCCCCUCAACCGCCAACGGGCAACGGGAGCCUUGUCUCAGCCGUCGACCAGCCCCCUCUGUGUCCGCAGACAGGCGGGUAUGGCUUACCUGAGGUCUAUGGGUUCGGUUCUGCCCUGGGCGACGAGGACUGCCUCUUCCUGAACGUCUACGCGGCUCCAAAUGCGUCGGAUCUGCCGGUGUUUGUCUGGAUACACGGAGGGGGUUAUGGAGUCUUCGGGGCUGUAUAUGACCCAAGCGUGUUGAUCAACACAAACGGAAAUGGAUUCAUCACGGUUGAGAUCCAGUACAGGCUCGGCGCAUUUGGCUUUCUGGCAUCAGAAGACGUCAAGGCCCAUGGUCAGCUCAAUGCUGGCCUUCUGGAUCAGAGACGUGCUCUCCAAUGGGUCCAGGAGCACAUCUCGAAAUUCGGUGGCGACCCGAGCCGAGUGACUAUCGGUGGCGAGUCCGCGGGAGCUGGAUCGGUUAUGUUUCAUGCUCUGGGACAUGGUGGCAAGCAGACUGAUCUCUUCAGCAACGUCAUAUCUGCAAGCCCAUACAGCUACGCCAUUCACGAUUACCGUGAUCCGGUCCCGACAAAGUAUUACAGUGAGUUUGCUAGUCUGGCCGGCUGUGGUCAAAACAACUCGCGCCUCCAGCAAUAUCCGAGUGUUUUCCAAUGCUUGGUUGAGACGGAGAGCGAAGUCCUGCAGUAUGCCAGCGGCAAUGUCUCAGAGUCCUUCGGGACCUAUGGCAGCUGGGCUUUCCUGCCUGUCAUUGAUCAGGACUACAUCAAAGAGCGACCAUCGGUGCAGUUGUCCAAGGGCCUGGUUGCUGGAAGAAGGAUACUUGUCGGAAACAAUGCAAACGAAGGGGUGCCUUUGACCAACCCCAAAGUGAAGACGAGGGCAGAGUACGACAGCUUCGUAUCCAGCAGCUUCCCGUUAUUCUCCCCAUCCGACAUAGACCAACUCAACGACAUUUACCAAAUCAACAACUCCGCUCCAGGAGACUCUGACAUCCGAUACGACACCCUCGGGACAGAAGGACCCACCGCUUUAACACAGUCUGGAUUAGCCACCGGCAUCCAGCAGACCGCAUUCAACAUCCUGGCCGAAACGAAUUUCGUCUGCCCUGCCCAAUGGCUAGCCGAAGCCUUCAGCCAAGCUGACUUGCAGGCAUGGAAGUACCAGUUCUCCGUCACGCCAGGAUUUCACGGCUCAGACCUCACAGCUUAUUUCGCGGUCGACGCAACGACCCCCAACGCUGACUUCCGGCGGGCGUUUCAGAAGGUCUGGGGCAACUUCAUUGUCCGCGAUGAUCCAACCAUCACCCUUGACGAAGCCACUGCUGGAUAUGCCAAUGCUACCGCGCCUGCUGGCACAGAUGGGAAUAUCAACUGGCCGCGGUACACGGCACAGCAGCCGUACAUGAUGGACCUGAACACGACGGGCGGGGACCUGACUCAAGUUGUGGUGACCACGGAUUUGAGCUACUACCUGCGCGUCGGAGCCGGGAUCGCCAACAACUUCCGCCUCGUUGACGCCCUGUCCUGGGAGGGCGGCCGCGGCGCGAGGUGUGACUUCUGGUCGGGAGUGUCAGCAAGGGUACCGCAGUGA